AACAGGUAUUGAAAUGGGAAUAGGCAUGACAUAGCAAACUACGUGCGUAUUCAGGGAGGUAAACAAAGACAAACGUUUUUAAAAGGAAAAUGAGGGGGAUCACAUAAUUGUUUUGAGAUAAUUAUCCUUAGCUACAAUGAUCAAUAAAAGGGGUGGCACCCAUGCGAGGUUGGACAGGCAGUUGCUGGGCAGAUGUCCUUGCAGACGUGCCUAUGUGCAAGGUUUUGAUGGCUUUUGUGCAAAGUUGUGGUUUUGCAGAGUCCUGUGUAGACAGUUCUUGUUAUCAGGCAUUCAUGCCUUAGAAGCCUCCCUUCAUGGCCUUCCCCAGCUCUAUUUGUCAGGGAUUUUUUUAAACACAAGUGACUCCAUUUUCAUUUUAACAACUUUCACACUAUCACCUAUAGGACUCCACAUUUACUUGUAUAUGAGGAAUGCGAGAUAAGAAAGAUUGCUAUUUUGAUGUAGAUGAUGCUUUUAACAACAACAACAAAAAAAGUAAAAAGAGUUGUGACGUUCAGUUUGGGACAUCUUGAGAUUAAACUCCUAAAAUGAUUGGGGCUAAAAUACAUACACAAAGCACCAAACAUGAUCUAUGCUGAAAACAAGUCUCUAGAAAUUUUUCUUUCCUUUAAAAAAAAAAAACCUAUGAAUUUUUUAAAAUCAAACAUUUAAAAACCUUUUUUUAAAAAAACGACAGUUCUACUGGAACAUGCACUAUCGGGACACACUAUAACACCUGCUUAGAAAGGUUCCUCAGAAACUCAACAAGCUCCACUUGGCCUGAGGUCACCGCGCCUCGGUGACGUCACUAGGACGCGCGGGCGCUCUCCUGCCUGUCCGCGGACGUCGGGCGCCAUUACCAACGCGGGGCGAGGGGCGGGGCUCCUCCUGGAGGCGCCCUGGCUCGCUCUCUAAUGUCAGCCGGCUUCGAAGUCGGCCUAGAUCUGCGCGUGCGCCCAACUCCGUGCCCGGGCUAGCGCCAGGCGAGGGGCGACGCCUCGAGGUAAAACGUAGGAGGUUCGGGAGGCGGACCCGGCACGGCCCACUAGUCCCGGAGAGCGCAGGCUCCUGGCCGUGCGGCGGGUGCGAUGGCGGAGGAGCAGGUGAACUGCAGCGUGGAGACGCACACCGACUGUAAGGCAGCGGCGGCUGCGGUGCCCACGGCGUCCUCAACGGAAGCCUCGGAGAUCACCGCAAAGUCACCGGAGCACGAGCACUACGACAGCAAGUGCGUGUUCUGCCGAAUCGCGAGGCAGGAGGAAGCUGACGUCGAACUCCUGCCCUGCGAGAAUGAAGACCUAGUUUGCUUCAAAGAUAUCAAACCAGCAGCACCUCAUCAUUAUCUUGUGGUGCCAAAGAAACAUAUUGGAAACUGCAAAGAUCUAAAGAAAGAUCACAUAGAAUUGGUUGAGAAAAUGGUAACUGCUGGAAAAACUGUUCUUGAAAGGAAUAAUUUCACUGACUUCACAAAUGUAAGGAUGGGUUUCCAUGUACCUCCAUUCUGUUCCAUUUCCCACUUGCACCUUCAUGUUAUGGCACCCGUCAGUCAGUUUGGCUUCUUAUCCAAGUUGGUUUAUAGAGUCAAUUCCUAUUGGUUUAUCACAGAGAUAAAGUCUUUGCUUUCACUUUUUGGAAGUCAGUUCACCAGCAGUCAGGAAACUUAUGGAAAGUCUCCAUUUUGGAUUCUUAGUAUUCCUUCUGAAGAUAUUGCAAGAAACUUAAUGAAACGAACAGUGUGUGCCAAGUCUAUAUUUGAACUGUGGGGUCAUGGAAAAUCUCCUGAAGAGCUGUACAGUUCUCUUAAAAAUUACCCUGUGGAGAAGAUGGUUCCAUUUCUACAUCCAGACUCUACGUAUAAAAUAAAGAUUCACACAUUUAAUAAAACACUGACACAAGAAGAAAAAGUCAAAAGAAUAGAUGCACUUGAAUUUCUGCCAUUUGAAGGAAAAGUGAAUUUAAAGAAACCACAACAUGUAUUCUCUGUUUUGGAGGAUUAUGGUUUGGACCCAAACUGCAUCCCUGAGAAUCCACAUAAUAUUUAUUUUGGUAGAUGGAUUGCAGAUGGACAGAGAGAGCUUAUCGAGUCAUAUAGUGUCAAAAAGAGACACUUUAUUGGAAAUACAAGCAUGGAUGCUGGUUUAUCAUUCAUCAUGGCCAACCAUGGAAAAGUGAAAGAAAAUGAUAUUGUCUUUGAUCCAUUUGUUGGAACAGGUGGCCUCUUGAUAGCAUCUGCUCAUUUUGGUGCAUAUGUAUAUGGGACAGACAUAGACUACAACACAGUUCAUGGCUUGGGAAAAGCUACUAGGAAAAAUCAGAAAUGGAGAGGACCAGAUGAAAACAUUAGGGCAAAUCUUCGUCAAUAUGGUUUAGAGAAGUAUUACCUUGAUGUCCUGGUUUCAGAUGCAUCUAAACCUUCCUGGAGGAAGGGCACAUAUUUUGAUGCAAUCAUCACUGAUCCUCCGUAUGGAAUUAGAGAGUCUACAAGAAGAACAGGUUCACAGAAGGAAAUACCAAAGGGGAUAGAAAAAUGUCCAGAAACCCACGUUCCAGUUUCCUUGAGUUAUCAUCUGAGUGAUAUGUUUUUUGACCUGUUAAACUUUGCAGCCGAGACCCUCGUAUUAGGUGGAAGACUAGUCUAUUGGUUACCAGUGUAUACACCAGAAUACACUGAAGAGAUGGUGCCCUGGCACCCUUGCCUGCAACUCGUUAGCAACUGUGAGCAGAAGCUUUCCAGUCACACAGCAAGGCGCUUGAUCACAAUGGAAAAGGUGAAGAAAUUUGAGAACCGGGACCAGUAUUCACAUCUGCUAAGUGAUCAUGUUCUGCCAUAUCAAGGUCAUAAUUCCUUCCGUGAGAAAUAUUUUAGUGGUGUAACAAAAAGAAUUGCCAAGGAAGAAAAAUCCAGCCAGGAGUAAAAAUUAAGAUUUUGAUGAUGAAGAAAGAAUAAGGAUUUGACAUCUGGAUGUGAACUUUCAUGUUUGAUCCAGAAAACAUGUACUGUUUUAAACUUUUUUAUAUAAAAAAAAUAGAGCUAUAAAGUAAAUUGAGUAAUUCUUUUCAAAUUAUCUUUGUUUUAUAGACUAUUUUAUUGUAUGCGUUAUAAUGUCUUUUGAACCUUAUUUAAUUUAUAUUUGUACUUUCAAGUAUUAAUAAAGAUUAACUCAAAACAGUUA